AUGAAUAGUAGAAUCAGGUAUAAUUAAAGCUAAGAUUUUAGCAACACUAAAAAGUAGUUAUUUGACAAUCUUAUUGAUAUGGGAUUUGAAAAGAAAUAAGUUGAAAAAGCAUUUUAGUACUCCAAAUAAAAGGAAAAUAUGGAUGAAUUACUUAACUAUUUAGUUAAAGGCGAGAAUGGAUGGGCUCAUGAAUAUCGAAUGGACUUUACUACCCAAAGGUGUUAGAUAUGUAAUGAAGGAUUAGAAUAACACUAGAAUAAUUAAAAUAACUAAUAACUUAUUUAGUUUUCUGAUUCAAACAGCGAUAGUUCCUUUGAGAAUCCGAUGUUAAGGGCAAAUAGCAGUUCAAAAAGCUAAAAUAUUCCAAAUUAAAAUCAUUAAUUAGAGUUGAAUAAAUUGGCAAGCAAUAAGAAGUCUGUUUUCCUUAGUAGAAUUUAAGAAGAGGAAAAAGAAAAUGAAAAUAAAUUUAUGUAUUGUGAAGUAUGCAGAGAUUUAAUACCUCCUGAAAAUAUGAAAGAGCUACCUUGUAAGCAUAUUUUUUGUGGAAAUUGUAUAGAAAAGUAUAUUGCAAGCAAUAUGAAUAAAGGAAAAUUUUUUAACAUAAAAUGCAUGACAGAAGAGUGCAUCUUUGUGUUUUAAGAUGAAUAUAUAAGAACUUUAGUGUAACCAGAAAUUACUGAAAAAUUUUUCAGGUUAAAAGAAAUUGCCUCUUUAAACGCUGAUUAGAGUGUACUCUGGUGUCCUAAUCCUAAUUGUGGGAAAUAUAUGAGAUUGGAGGAAAAUAUAAGGCAAAAUUUAUGUGAAAUCAAUUGCACUUAUUGUUAAAUUCGAAUUUGCUUAAAAUGUAAGAGAAAGGCUCACUCAAAAAAAUGUUGCUUCUUCAAAAAGAACUGUGAAGAAGAGCUUAAUGAGGAGUAUGAAAUUUGGGCAGUUGGAAAACCUGUUUAGUUGUGCCCAAAUUGUAGUGUAAGGACUGAAAAAACAGAAGGAUGCAAUCAUAUGGUAUGUAGUGUAUGCAAUUACAAUUGGUGCUGGCUAUGUAGAUAAUAAAUAAUAUAUGGACAUUAUAUGCUUAGUAAUCCCUUAGGAUGCCCUGGAAUGUCUGGGUAAGAAUUUACAACAGACAACUCACCCAAAUGGAAAAUUUAUUUGAAAAGAUUACUUAUAAUUUUUUUGAUAUUCAUUGCUUUUAUUAUUGGACUAUUUAUAGUUUAUCCAAUUGUCUUUGGCUUAUAUUUAUGGCUGAGAUUUUAUGAUGCUUAAUUAUCUCCACUAAAAAUAAAGGUCAUCCAAUCAAACAAUAAGUGCUUAUAUUAUUUUUGCUUAGCUCUCUAUGUAAUAUUUGGGCUGAUUAUAUUUCCUAUCUGUGUUGUCUUUGCAGUUUUUCCUUGUUUACCCUUAAUAUUUUUAAGCUCGAGCUUUAGGAGCUAUAUUUACUCCUCUUUUCCAUCUGGACAGGCUGUCUUUUUCAACAUUUCAAGCAAUUUAUUCUAAAGACUAUAUAACUGA